AUGGCGCCGAUUCGAGCAGUCACAUCCACGCUCUUUUCAGCUUCUUUCUUAUUCGUUUCAACACCAGCAGUCUUUGCAAAACCCAGCAGGAGCCAUAUCGAUGACGGCCACAACAAACGCGUUUUCGUCAAGUACAAAUCCGGUAGGCAUGAUGACUGUCUAUGGAGAAUCCAUCACGAUACCCGCAUUGCGGAUUCCUCUAGCUCUACAAGGAUGCUCUUUGAUUUUCCCGACCUGGAAAGCUUUGUCGUGAAUGUUGAGUCUUUGGAAGAGCUAUUGGCGCUCAAGAACGAUCCUGAAAUCGAGAAAGUCUAUGAGGAUGCAGCUCGCACAACCCAAAUGAUCCACGGAUCCAUCAAACCGCACCGUUCUCCACGCGACGAAACAGCGAAAGCGAGUCAUCUCCGAAAUUCUCGGUCCCCGUCGCAACAAGUGCCCUACGGGGUGGAGCUAGUCCAAGCGCCUUAUGCCUGGCAGCGCGGAAUCAAGGGGGCGGGUGUCAAGGUUUGCGUCAUUGACUCUGGGAUAGCUCGGCAUGAAGACCUUGAUCAGAAUGGGUUGGAUGGAUCUGUUGCCUCCUCGUUUUGGUUCCAAGGGUCCGAUGAGUGGUAUGAUGAUGCGGCUGGUCACGGAACUCAUGUAGCUGGAACCAUCGCGGCUGUGAACAACACCAUUGGGGUCGUUGGGGUUGCACCAGAAGCGGAACUAUUCGCCGUGAAAUACUUUGCUGACGACAGCGGAUUCGCCUACUCUUCGUCUCUUGUCAAUUCAGCAUACAAAUGCCGCGACGCGGGUGCAAAGAUCAUUACCAUGAGCCUUGGAGGUCCCCUACCCAACCCGUUCGAAUUUCUGGUAUUUGACAAGUUGUUGCGUGAGAAUGGGAUUCUUUCUUUUGCCGCGGCUGGCAAUGGUGGAGGGCAUCGGCCGUCUUAUCCAGCAAGCUACAAUGGAGUCAUCAGUGUUGCAGCUGUGGACCGAAACAAGGCGCAUGCUUCGUUUUCCCAGCGACACCGUCGCGUUGACAUUUCAGCACAGGAGUGGAUGUCCUGA